GGGCAAAGGCUGACUGCCGGCAGUUACCUUCUUUUCCUCUCGGCCAAGAGACAUGAAGAAACAUGAAGAGGAGGAGCCCACCAGUACCGAGCCUGGGGGGGCUCUGGCCCCUCCCCAGGGUACCGCGCCCAGGGAGCCACAGAAUAUGGAAGAUGCCAAAGAACAAAAUGACGAAGAGCCUGUAAAAGAGAACGCAGAGCCAGAAGAGUUUGUGGCCAUCGCUGACUAUGCAGCAGCAGACGAGACACAGCUCAGUUUCUGCAGGGGAGAGAAGCUGCUCGUGCUGAGGCGGGUCACUGCCACGUGGUGGUGGGGUGAUCGGGAGGGCUGCUGCGGCUACAUCCCCGCCAGCUACGUGAGGGAGAGCUUGGAAGACCUGGAGCCUGAGGACACCUGGCAAGACGAGGAAUACUUUGGCAGCUACAGCACCCUGAAACUCCACUUGGAGAUGUUGUCAGAUCAGCCGAGGACAGCCGUGUACCACCAAGUGAUCCUGCAGCACAGAGAAUUUCUGGAAGAUAAAGUGAUUUUGGACGUUGGCUGUGGAACUGGGAUCCUCAGUCUCUUCUGCGCCCAUUAUGCACGACCCAGAGCCGUCUAUGCCGUAGAAGCCAGCGAGAUGGCUCAGCACACCGAGCAGCUGGUGCUGCACAAUGGCUUUGCAGACACAAUCACCGUUUUCCAGCAGAAGGUGGAGGACGUGGCCCUGCCAGGGAAGGUGGAUGUGCUGGUGUCGGAGUGGAUGGGCACGUGCCUGCUGUUUGAGUUCAUGAUUGAAUCUGUGCUCUGUGCACGGGACAAGUGGCUGGCCCCCAACGGGGUCAUUUGGCCAACCACGGCUGCCAUCCACCUUGCCCCCUGCAGUGCUGAGAAGGACUAUGACCGCAAAGUCCUCUUCUGGGACAACGCCUACGAGUUUGACCUCAGCUCUUUAAAAUCGUUGGCCAUCAGGGAAUUUUUUGCCAAGCCCAAGUACAAUCAUAUUUUGGAGCCCGAAGAGUGCCUUUCUGACCCAUGUCCUGUCUUCCAUUUGGAUAUGAAAACCGUGCGGAUCCCGGACCUUGAGAAGAUGAAGGGUGAGCUGAGCUUCUGUAUCCAGAGGUCUGGGACUCUGCACGGCUUUACUGCCUGGUUCAGCGUGGAGUUCCAGAGCAUGGGAGAAGACAGACCGCAGCUGGUGCUGAGCACGGGCCCCUCGGACCCCACAACGCAUUGGAAACAGACCCUGUUUAUGCUGGACGAACCCUUGGCCGUCCAUGCCGGAGACGUGGUCACCGGCUCCAUUGUGCUGCAGAGAAACCCGGUGUGGAGGAGGCAUAUGACCGUCACCUUGAGCUGGACCGUCACCUCCAAACAAGACCCCACCUCUCCAAAGGUCGGAGAAAAAACCUUCCCGAUCUGGAGAUGACGGCCUCUGGAGGGCCCUGGCCGGCAGGUGGGAUGGUGAUUGUGGGGAUGAUGCCCGAGCCCCCUCCUCCUCCUCUGCAGCAGAGAAACUGAAAUGUGAAAUGUCAGGGAGCAGCUGAAAGUUCAGAAAGCCCUCAGAGCACCCAUAUUUGAUGGGGGAGGAGUCGAGGGACUUGCCCUGGCUCACGCAGGGGGUAGGACCCAAAGACUGCCCAUCCCUCGGAUGGCUCAGGACGCUGCCCUAGCUAAGGCCUUUCUCCCCUGGAGUCAGGCGGGGUCCUCCAGCUUUCACCCUUCAGCACCACGGGUCCUGGGAGAGUGAGUUCUUGUCAUGACACAGGAACUGCUCCAGCCUGAGCCUUUCGGAGACUUCUCCAGCCCUAGACUUUCUGCAUUGUGGCACCUGAAGGCCAAACUCUUCUGGGCUCACAGUGUUGGGCCCCUCAUCAUAAAAGCUCUGCACAGUAUUCCUUUGUUUUUUAAAAGACGGGUCAGACGCUGCAUUGUGGCUGAACAUCAUGCCCUCCCCCUGCCUCUCCAGCCACCAUUCCUUGAGGUCUCCCUAUCGCCUGGGUCCAUUCCCUGGCAAAGAGGAGUCCCCUGCCUUCUCAGGAGCCCUCCUUGCUCUGUCUGUCACUCAGGCUUCCCCCUCCUUCCAUUGUUACAGGCCUUGCUGCACACUCUGGUUCCAAUGAUCAAUUCUCCCAUAUCUCGGGAUUCCCCCACAACCCUCCACGCCAUGGGCUCCAUGGCACCCGCUUUGUCUGCAGGUGGACUUUGACCUUUGACUUCCAGGAAGGUCAAACCCAGGGUUGGCAUCCCUGACCAAGGGUGUGGACAGCCUUGCGACUUCUGACUGUGCUUCCCGAGGGAAUCCCAGAGUUUGCGGUUGGCAGCUCCAACCCUGUCUCCUCACCACCCAGUGGCUCUUGGCUUCUUUGCCACUUUGCUGGGUGGGGGUGGGGGGUGAAGGAUCCCACGGGACUCGGGCUUGGGCUUGGUUUGGGGGUGGGAGCUGUUUUUCCAGCAUCCAGAGCAUUCUUUCACACAGCUGUCGAGCUGUUCUCUUGAAAACUGCUCUUUUCCUUUGACAUCUUAUCUGUUGAGGGACGUGUCCAACUUAAGUGAAUUUAGAAAAGUUUUGUCAAACCGAAUCUCUGCCUGAUUCUAGAGAAGGGACUUUGGAGCGAUCAGGGACUUCGUGACCAACUUUCCUCCCUCUUCCGUGCGCUAAAGAGGAGGGACAAAGAUUUCACUGCACCUUGGCUUAAACGACCCCUUUGAAACAAACCAUCCCGAGGACCACAAGGCGUCUAACCAGAGUUGUUCUCUGAUUUUCAGACUUCAUUUUGGAAGGCAAUAAA